GCCAGCCUCACCAGGCGAUGGACAACACGCGUGUGCGGCAUGCUAUGUACAUGUGUCUUACGUGCCUGCUAUGCUUGGGAAGAACGAGACGUGGGAGAAUGGGGCAGCUUGGAGCCACCAGGGUAUUUUAAUAGGAUCCAGCUCGUUCGCCUUCCCCUAGGGCAGGAAGACAGGAGCUCCCAGAGUCAUUGGAGGACAGUGGUUUUGGGUAAGAUCUCUCCCUUUGCCAAGGGACCCCUCCUCUGGGACUCCUUACAAAAGCUAAACCUAUGUUGAUGGGUGUGUGCAGGAUCAGGGUUAGAAGGGAGCUUCAGCUUUUGGCCUGGGAGCUUGGUUUACCCAGGAUCUCAAACAGGAAAAGCUCUAAGGGAAUUUAAUUGUGACCUGCAAAGAGAGUUUCAAAGUUUGAUUUAUGUUCCUUUUUCAAUUCUUGACGAUGGAUAGAGAUGGCCUGAAAGGUUCUCCCCUACCUUGUCUGCCCACUUUUUAUUUUGAACCUUAGAAAUAUCAGCCAGGUCAAGAUUGGCUGUGAUGGUAUCACUGGAGGACUCCCCAGGGCUCUCAGGGAUAUAUGCUGGGAACUGCGUCGUGUCUUUCGUUCAAACCUUAAUUGGUUGUGGAACUCACUGCCACAGGAGUUUAUUGGGACGAGGACCCUCACAAAGGAGGAUUGAAACAGAAAUCUACAGAGCUAACAUAGAUAAUGCUAAAACAGAGAGUUUUGAUAUGAAAACCUCCUGCUUCAGGGCUCAAGCUAGUCUCUAACUAUUAGGGGUUAGGAUGAGGACUUCCUGUGGAGUAGCGUAUCCCACAGAGCCUGUACAGGGUUUCUUGUCCCUUUCUCUGAGGAAUCUGGGGCUCCUUACUGUUGGAGACAGGCUACUGGAUGAGAUGGACCUGGAGCCUACAUUUAACUGAAGGGGGCGGGGUGCUGAAUCUUUAAAGAUGUCCUUUCUCCAAAGUGCUUAUUGAACAAUAGAGUUAAAUAGAGAACUAACAUCAAACGAAGUCUUAAACAGUGUGACUUGAAAUCUUUUCCUCUCUUGAUUGCUAAACGCUUGCCCUCUUGCACUGUCACCAUUUCACUCAUUUUCCAGUUGCACAUAGGCUAAACAAGACCUUAAUUUCUAACAUUAAAAAAAACCUCAUGCAGAAUUUGUAACCCUCUCAGCUUUUUUUAUCCACCAUAAAGAACGAAAACAAAGCACUAUGUUCUUUUCGCUUUGCAGGCCACCUUUGCACUAUGUUUAUUGGGCCAACAGCUAUUGCCUUAAUCACUCUAUAGUGCCCAACCUUGGAAUUAAACACCUGAUCAGAACAUAUAUGGGCUAUACCAUCUGGUCAUGAGGGGAGAGGUUCGGGGGGGGGGAAGUUUUGUGUGCUAAGGACAUUAAUGAUAAAUAAGUCCUGCUAAUUCUGUGUAAGGCAUGGGAGAGGUUAAAGGGGCGGGGUUCCCUAAUGAUUUACCUGGCCUUUGGGAUGGGUUGCAUAUUCCUUUGUCCAUGGACACCCACAUAAAAGCUGACUCCCUGUAGCUGGGUGCUGGGCUCCUGUACAUAGCUGGAGUGUUUUCUCUUUAGUGACCAGAUGCUCUAGGGUUAAGUGAAAUUUGCAAUGAUCAAGUGGCCUUGCUAAUUCCAUCUUGGGCUGAGACAUCUUCUGAGCAAGGCUGUUUGGAAGAGACUAUUUUAAACAGAAAUGGCAGGAGAACUAACUGUCUUGUGUGAAAGGGACCCUCUUACGCCUUAUUUUAAGCAGACAGAUUUUCUUAUCCAAAGUUACUAAUGCUCCCUUUAAUUGUUAAACCUGAAACAGCUUUUUGAAUCCAGUUCUGCCUUGCAUUGGCUGUGCCAUUUCCUACGUGUGUUCACCCCUGAGAUGGGCUGGGAAGCAGGAGCUAAUACAGUCAGGCUUGCUAUCAAGGCUGUAGAGUCUGUGCAAACUUCUCCAAUGGGCCUGGGUUUUGUAGCAGACUCUGGUGUCCACCCUUGAGGCCAAACCUGAGUUGUGACGCAUUUGAAGGAUCCUUGUGCUCUUACAGCAUGUCUGUCUCCUACACCCACCUGUCCACCUCUGGCUUUUGGCGUGGACUGGUUGUCCGUGUUUCACUUGCCCUGAUGAAACUGGGUUGUGGAGGGUUAUUUUUACUCCAUGUGGAUUGCAGGCAGUUUGCAAAUUUCAUCUUAAAGGCAUGACUUCAUGCUGUCCCUUUAAAGUGCCAGAAGCAGGUGUCACUUCCCUAGCCAUCUAGCCAAAGCAUUUAAUCUUGGGAUGCCUACAUGGAGUCACUCCACUAAGGGGCUGACCCCACAGCUCCCUUGGCCUCAGGGGGAGCAGAAGUCAAACCUAUGCAAUCCACACAAAAAAAAAAAGCUUCUGCAGCCACCUUAAAGCUCCUUGUUCCAGCCUUGCUGGGCGUGUGAGAGACCUGGCACAGCUGAGUCAUGUACCCAGGGCUGAGAGGGGGCCAAGUGCCGCCCUGGUUGCACAGUUGAGAUGUCAUGAGCAAUGUGCCCAGUUCACGCACCUGCUGCUACAGAGGUGGAGCCGCCCGUGGAUGGGAGUGGGGGUCAUUCCUUCCUCUUGGGCUGCCCCGCCGAAGACCUGGAGUGAGUGAAGGAUCCACCGCUGAAGUGCCACAGAAGACUCGGAGCACCGCCCGGUCCUCGAUCCUCAGCUGCCAGUUCUGGUUUCUGAUCCAGAGAUGGAGGCCAAGGCAAGUGAAUCACCAUGUGCGGAACUGGCACCUGCUGCUUUGGCCCUGCCUUGGCCUGAGACGGGAUCACCUCCAGUUGGAGAGCCGGCCCAAGAAGAGCAGGCUGAGAUGGACAUAGAGGAGGAACCAGAAUCAGAACCAGAGCCCAAAUCCAGCAGCAAAGCAAUGAAGGCCGCAAUUGGAGCAGGUAUCGGAAUAGGAGUUGCAGUCAUUGGAGCCCCACUAGCACUCGGGGCAGCAGGCUUUACUGGAGCAGGCAUUGCAGCUGGGUCGAUGGCUGGCAAGAUGAUGUCAGCAGCUGCCAUAGCCAAUGGAGGAGGGGUAGCCGCUGGGAGUCUUGUGGCAACACUGCAAUCAGUGGGUGCUGUAGGACUCUCGCUAGGAGCUAAAGUUGGCCUGGGCACUGCACUGGGAUCUGUAGGUGCAGCUGUUGGCUCCUGGUUCUCUAAGAAUAACUGAAAGCUGUGCAAGCCCUGCUGGCAUCAGAAGUAAACACUGACCAGUGCUGGAAACCAUUAAGCUGCAAAGCAGGACCAAAGUAGCAAGCUAUGUGAUAUGGGUCGGCGAUUACUUUGUUGUUGCCUGGGAAAAGCUACUGCAAACGUGUCGCUUGUUUUACCUUCUCUUUAACAGGUGUUGAGCUGCUCUGAUUAUGGUGGGGGUGUGUGUGUGAAAACAAUAAAGCUGGUUUUAAAUGGACAAA